AGAACAUCCUCAGAAAUGGCAAUUUUACCCAAAAGUGGUGCAGGACCCCACAUAGGUGGCAAUCCUAAAAAUAUUAUUAAACAGCGAUUGAAGACAAGAGCUGUUCGUAAGCGCCAGGCUAUUGCAAGGAAGGCUGAGCAAGAAAAGCAGUCACAGCUUAAUUCUAUUGGCAACAUUGAUGCAUUUUCAUCUGAGGAUGUGGAAAUUUUUAAUGACUUUCCCAUGCUUCCCAUUGUUGAAAAGCCUUGCAAAUGGGACGAGAGCAAGAGAAAUGAAGUUAUGGCUCUGUGGUGUAGAGUUUUGGGAUUUUUUCCAGUGAUCACAACUCCGUCUUGUCCUACUGAAUAUGUUCCUCUGGCUGAAAAGAAGCGACAGUUGGCUAAUGCUGCUACUGAGAAGCAACGGUUGAAGCUGAUAGAGAAAUAUGGUCUGCUCUCUGCUGAAGAAAGCAAGAAGAAGGCUGAUGUGAAAGGAGACCUGCGUUCUGGAGAGUUGGUUCUAGAGCGCGUGUUACCGGGCCGUAUGGACACCGAGUACAGUCUUAAAGCUGCUCUGCUGAUGUGCGAGUCACGACACGACGCCAUCAAGCCUGAGGAGGGGAUCAAGCCAAAGAAAGACCGCGUGGCGCUGCUGCAAAAGAUCAAGGAGCGAGAGGAGCAACGAGAAGCGCGACUCAGGGCUAAGGAAGUCACCAGAAGAAAGAAGGCCAUGGAGAGCAUAGCAGAGAAGCGGCAAAAUAAGAAGAUGAAAUUAGUGGAAACUGCCUUGAAUUCAUUUGACAAAGAACGAGCUGAGGUACUGAAGAAGCUCAUCCUGCCUGAUGUUGCUAAGAAAGAAGACACUCAGCCAUCGGUUUCCUCUGGCGGAGAUAGCGGCCAUCCUGUGGGACGAACUGCCCCUGAACAAACCAACUCAUCCUCUCCCGAGGCAGAAUAUGUGUUCAAUCUGCCUGGCGCCGUCAGAGCUCCUGUCAGGACCAAGAGAAAGACUUUAGAAGAACUCAGAGCCAAGCUCGCUGAAGAAACCAAGAAGAAAAAGCUGUUGACGGAGCUGCACCAAGUCAAUGAAGAUAAACUCGUCCAUGAAAUCCGCAACAAGGAAGGCUGGUCAGAGGCCGAGAAGAAAGUCAUCGGAGAGAAGGUGGAGAGUGCAGCGUCUCUGUCUCGCGACAUCAAACGCCUUGACAAGCACAAGCGCAACAAGGGCAAGAAGCUAGAAGAAGUCCUGAAGCGCCAGAAGCAGGCAAAGCACCAGAAGACCGUCAAGCGCCUCCAAAACCUGCGCACGCGCCGCGUCGACAAACUCGCCAAGAAAAUGAAGGCCUUGAAAAACAAGGGAACUUACGUGCCAGGCUUCAUGUAGUCGCUUCGUCAAGAUGUGCGCCUGGAAAGACGAAAAGGGGGCUCUGCUCUGGAAUAUCUGCAAAAAUAAACGGUACUCAAUUGAA